AUGCUUGACGUUAUUCCUUUUGAAAUACUAUUCAAAAUUGCUUCUUAUUUGGAUAUAAAUGAUAUCGACACUCUUUGUAGUAUAAACAAGUCACUUUCACUUGUUGUUCGUAAUGACCUAUUUUGGAAAUGUCUUUGUUAUCUCAACGGUAUCUCUCGUUGUUUUCCAGAUUUAUCAUGGAAAGAAUUGUAUUGCUCUAUUCGUUGUCCUGGAAACUGUCCUCAUCUUGCACAAAAUGGUUCCUUUUCCAUCUUAGAAAAGAAAAGACACUUUUGGUCGCUGAUCCGUGAUAAACAAUGGAUUGGUCAUACUUUAUUUUGUCUUGAUCCUUCUUGUGAUUUUGUUGGUGACAAGCAUACAUUCAAUGAGCAUCAUCCGAAUCAUUUCCUUGCCUUUUCUCUCACUCAAUUACGUCCAUGGGAUCUUUGGUGCUCUUCAUGUUCAAAGAUGUUUUAUUGUCACAGCAUUCAACCUGUUGAAGAGACUAUGGUCAAAGCCAUCUAUUCCUAUUAUCUCAUCGAAGAUCACUCAGACAUGAAUCAUUCUAUUGUUGAAGGCAGAAGGUCGAUCGAAAGAAGAAUAUAUCGGUCUCAGACGAUGCGAGAGCCUCAACAUAUCAUUGAAAAACAUUGGUAUGAUCAGUGGACAAACUUUAUAUAUGGUGCAGACCAGCACGCUCCUGAUAGGCUUGACAACAGUAGUCUCUUUUGUCAGGAUGGUUCACUAAAGCCUGAUCUGUCAUUUGGUGCUGACUUUGAGCUAGUAACAAGUACAGUCAGAGACUACAUCAUCAGGGCCUAUGGUGUUCUUCAUGAACCAAUUUCUAUAGAUGACCUAAGAUGGAGCAGUGAACAUUGUCGACUUAUUCAUUCAGUUAAUGUCAAUUUACACUUUAUUCGAAGUCUUUCUCCUUAUCCAGUCAUCAUCACCGAGAAUCAAUAA